CUGAAAACAGAAGAUAGAGGGAGUCUCGGAGCUCGCCAUCUCCAGCGAUCUCUACAUUGGGAAAAAACAUGGAGUCAGCUCCGGCAGCCCCCGACCCCGCCGCCAGCGAGCCGGGCAGCAGCGGCGCGGACGCGGCCGCCGGCGCCAGGGAGACCCCGCUGAACCAGGAAUCCGCCCGCAAGAGCGAGCCGCCCGCCCCGGUGCGCAGACAGAGCUAUUCCAGCACCAGCAGAGGUAUCUCAGUAACGAAGAAGACACAUACAUCUCAAAUUGAAAUUAUUCCUUGCAAGAUCUGUGGAGACAAAUCAUCAGGAAUCCAUUAUGGUGUCAUUACAUGUGAAGGCUGCAAGGGCUUUUUCAGGAGAAGUCAGCAAAGCAAUGCCACCUACUCCUGUCCUCGUCAGAAGAACUGUUUGAUUGAUCGAACCAGUAGAAACCGCUGCCAACACUGUCGAUUACAGAAAUGCCUUGCCGUAGGGAUGUCUCGAGAUGCUGUAAAAUUUGGCCGGAUGUCAAAAAAGCAAAGAGACAGCUUGUACGCAGAAGUACAAAAACACCGGAUGCAGCAGCAGCAGCGAGACCCCCCACAGCAGCCUGGAGAAGCUGAGCCGCUGACUCCCACCUACAGCAUCUCGGCCAACGGGCUCACCGAGCUUCAUGAGGACCUCAGCAGCUACAUUGAUGGGCACACCCCGGAGGGCAGCAAGGCAGACUCGGCCGUCAGCAGCUUCUACCUGGACAUACAGCCUUCCCCAGACCAGUCAGGUCUUGAUAUCAAUGGAAUCAAACCAGAACCAAUAUGUGACUACACACCAGCAUCAGGCUUCUUUCCCUACUGUUCGUUCACCAACGGAGAGACUUCCCCGACUGUGUCCAUGGCAGAAUUAGAACACCUUGCACAGAAUAUAUCUAAAUCACACCUGGAAACUUGCCAAUACUUGAGAGAAGAGCUCCAGCAGAUAACGUGGCAGACCUUUCUGCAGGAGGAGAUCGAGAGCUACCAAAACAAGCAGAGGGAGGUGAUGUGGCAGUUAUGUGCCAUCAAAAUCACAGAAGCGAUACAGUACGUGGUGGAGUUUGCCAAACGCAUUGACGGAUUUAUGGAACUGUGUCAAAAUGAUCAAAUUGUGCUUCUCAAAGCAGGUUCUCUAGAGGUGGUGUUUAUCAGAAUGUGCCGUGCCUUCGACUCUCAGAACAACACCGUGUACUUUGAUGGGAAAUAUGCUAGCCCCGAUGUCUUCAAAUCCUUGGGUUGUGAAGACUUUAUUAGCUUUGUAUUUGAAUUUGGAAAGAGUUUAUGUUCUAUGCACCUGACUGAAGAUGAAAUUGCAUUAUUUUCUGCAUUUGUACUAAUGUCAGCAGAUCGCUCGUGGCUGCAGGAAAAGGUAAAAAUUGAAAAACUGCAACAGAAAAUUCAGCUAGCUCUUCAACAUGUCCUGCAGAAGAAUCACCGAGAAGAUGGAAUACUAACAAAGUUAAUAUGCAAGGUGUCUACAUUAAGAGCCUUAUGUGGACGACAUACAGAAAAGCUAAUGGCAUUUAAAGCAAUAUACCCAGACAUUGUGCGACUUCAUUUUCCUCCAUUAUACAAGGAGUUGUUCACUUCAGAAUUUGAGCCAGCAAUGCAAAUUGAUGGGUAAAUGUAUCACCUAAGCACUUCUAGAAUGUCUGAAGUACAAAACAUGAAAAACAACCACAACAAAAUUAACCGAGACACUUUAUAUGGCCCUGCACAGACCUGGAGCGCCAACACACUGCACAUCUUUUGGUGAUGGGGUCAGGCAAAGGAGGGGAAACAAUGAAAACAAAUAAAAGUUGAACUUGUUUUUCUCA